AUGGCGUACCCUCAGGGCUACUUGUACCAGCCGUCCGCCUCCCUGGCCCUUUACUCGUGCCCGGCAGCCUACGGCACCAGCGUCAUCUCGGGACCCAGGACGGAGGAGCUCGGUCGGUCGUCUUCUGGCUCCGCGUUCGCACCCUACGCGGGAUCUACCACCGCUUCAACCGCGGCCGUCGCCGCCGCGGCAGCCGCGGCCGCUUUUAGUGGCGCUUCGCCCGGCUACAACUCGCACCACUUGCCGUACGGUGCGGACGCGGCAGCGGCUGCGGCGGCCACCUUCACCUCGUACGUGAGUUCGCCCUACGAGCAUUCCACGGGCAUGGCUGGCUCUAUCGGGUACCACCCGUACGCGGCGCCGCUGGGCUCCUAUCCGUACGGCGACCCGGCCUACCGCAAGAACGCCACGCGGGACGCCACCGCCACGCUCAAGGCUUGGCUCAACGAGCACCGCAAGAACCCGUACCCGACCAAGGGCGAGAAGAUCAUGCUGGCUAUUAUCACUAAAAUGACCCUGACCCAGGUCUCAACUUGGUUCGCCAACGCUCGCCGGAGGCUCAAGAAGGAGAACAAGAUGACGUGGACACCACGCAACCGCAGCGAGGACGAGGAGGAGGACGAGAAUAUCGACCUAGAGAAGAACGACGACGACGACGUGACUCCUAAUAAUAACAAUAAUAAUAACUUCAAACCCACCGGAGACCAGACCCAAGAAUCCUCGGAUGCUGAAGCAGAUGCCAAAGCGCUGCACCCCGUGGACUUGGGUUGUGAUCGCUUCAAGGAGGACCCCCUGCACCCCAAGGACGUGGACCCCAUCCUCAGCGACUCUGAGUCCAAAGACCCAGAGGACUCACAGGAGCGGACUAGGGACUUGUUGUUGGAUUCUUCUUCUUCAGCCUGCGGCGGCAAGCCCACCACGUCGUCACCACGCUCGGUGGGGGCUCCGUCGUCGGACCUGAGCCACGCGCCCACCUCCGUCAUCCACUCCCCCCCUUCGGCUCCUAAACCCAAACUGUGGUCCCUUGCGGAGAUCGCCACCUCGUCGGACCGGUGCAAAAGCAGCGGGGAGACGCCGCAACUGCAGCGGUGUGAGCAGCAGCCUUGCCCGGUCGUCAUGGGCCCCGCAUCGGGCUCCCCUUCCCGGUCCUCCCCUGGUGUUCUCUCGCGGCCCCUCUAUUAUGCGUCGCCCUUCUACCCGGGCUACACGAACUACCACGGGACCACUUUCGGACACCUCCACGGCUCCGGCCCCAGCAGCACCCCCUCCUCCACGGCGCACUUCAAUGGAUUAAGCCAGACUGUGUUAACUAGAGCCGAGGCUUUGGUGAGGGAGAGCCACAGAGUGAGGGGCCAAACGCAGGUAGAGCUUUGUAAAGACACCCCUUACGAACUGAAGAAAGGUAUGUCAAACAUUUAA